AAUGAAAGAAUAAAGUAUUACACUUCCAAUAGCUAUGUCAGAUAUGAAGGAAUCUUCAAAACCUAAAUUACAAGAAUUUAAAAAAAACACUGUAUGUGCUAAAUGCAAAAUAUGGAUUAUUAAAUAAAAAUAUGCAAAUUGUGUAAUUUGUGAAGAUGCUUAUCAUUUUAAUUGUAUGGUAUUAAAUAUGAGAAUAAAUUUAGAGACCAAAAUAAAUAUAGAAAGAUUGGACAUGUGCACAUUGUAUUGAAUUGAAAAAUACUUUCCCAGAUACUAAUGAUGCAGAAACAGAUAAUAUUUGUUAGAAAUGCUAAAAAGAAGUAGAUACUAAAGAUGAAGAAAUAUGUUCAAAAUGUAAUAAAAUAUUUCAUAAAAAAUGUUAUGGAUCAAAAACUAUUUCCCCUAUUUGUAACUUUUGUCAUUCUUAAAAACCAUCUAAAAUUAAUUUUAAUGAAAAAAUGAAUCAACUUCUUAAUUUUAGUGUUCCAAUGACAAAUUCUAAUUUAUUCAUACUACCAUGUUGUGUAUAUAAUGAUAAACUGAGAUAGAAUUGCUUUCAAUCACUAUAAUAUGCCUUAUAUUGUUAAAACAUUAAUUUUAAUGAUGAUUUAGUUUAUUCAUCUAUCAAAAAAGAAUUAAAUAAUGGUUACAAUGAAAAACUAGAUUCAUUAAUAGGAAAAGAUCUUAUAACCUUUAAAAAAUACAAAUAAGUAACAAAGAGUGGGUUUUAUGGUCCUUUGAUAGUAGAAUAUAAUUCAGAUUAGGGAUUUUAUGUUAGAUCUGUAUAACCUAUAGCUUAUAAAACCUUAAUUUGUGAAUAUGCUGGUGAUGUAUAUAGAUUUGCAGAUCAAGUAUAUAGUACUUCAGAUUCAAUGAUGAGUUUAUUAGAAACUGGUUUUGCUGCAACAUCACUUGUUAUAAUACCAGAAAAGAAUGGAAAUAUAGCAAAAUACUUAUCAGGAAUUAAUAAUAGUAAAAAAAAUAGUAAGAAAAUAUAAUAAAAUGUGAAAUCUAGACGAUAUAAUGUUGAAGGAUAGUCUAGAGUGAUAUUGUAUGCAUGCAGAGAUAUAAAAUCAGGAGAGAUAUUAUAUUAUGAUUAUAAUGAAGGGGAAUUCAAAUAUAAUACAAAUUACUUUGUUUGA